GGAGUUCCUAACGUUAUUGAUUGUGUGAAAAUGUUUAGUGACAGUACAUCGUGCACAGCAGUCCAUCAUAAACAUUGUCCCAAGCGUAAAAUAAGGUAACACAUGCAAAGCAAGAAAAGUCGCCGAUUUGGACCAAUGAAAGACAAAAACGCAUUCGGGUGUAUGAUUGCCAAAUAUAAAGCAGACGCUUUUAUCCAAAGAAACUUCCAAGAGAGGGACGAUCGGACGAACCCGGACGAAUCUGGAAAAUAGCUAAGACACACCCCAUUUCUUACUAGGGAAAUUGCGCUCCUGAUAUUCUGCAGUCAAGGAAUUUGUCUUCCAGAGUGGCACUUUAUGUCCUACAUGACCUAUUAUAAUACUAUACUAUAGUAUGUACUUUAUAUCAAUCUAAAUCUGAGGCAUACAUUUUAAGACAGAAACCAUGAAAGAGGCAUCGGAUGAGGGGACCACUUCGGGGGGACCGGUUGACUCGGAGGCCCAGGGAGAGAGACCCCAAGCUGGGGUUCUGCCGAGGGAGAAGUGGGCCAACAAGACUGAGUUCUUACUAUCCAUGGCUGGGGAGAUCAUAGGUCUGGGAAAUGUGUGGCGCUUCCCUUACCUCUGCUACAAGAAUGGAGGAGGCGUGUUCUUCAUCCCUUACUUUGUAUUCCUCUUCUUCUGUGGUAUCCCUGUGUUCUUCCUGGAGACCGCGUUGGGCCAGUACACCAGUGAGGGUGGAGUCACGGCCUGGAGAAAGAUAUUCCCCAUGUUCGAGGGAGUGGGCGUGGCUUCACAGGUGAUUGUGAUGUACCUGAACAUCUACUACAUCCUGAUUUUAGCCUGGGGUCUCUUCUACCUGUUCAACUCAUUCAGAAACCCCCUCCCAUGGACCACCUGUGAUAAUUACUGGAACACAGAGAUGUGCCACAAUCGGAUUGGUUCUUUUGCAAACCCACACCUAUUCAGCCAGAAUUCCAGUUGGUCAUUCCUGAGCAACGAUUCUAGUUAUUUGGACUAUGGCAACUACACAGAUCCGAUAGCAAAUAAAAUCAUCUCUCCUGAAGAAGAGUAUUGGAAGUAUCGGGUUAUCAGACAGACAGGGGACAUGUCUUUCACUCCUAACUGGGACAUAACUCUCUGCCUGCUGUUGGCCUGGGUGCUCUGCUACUUCUGCAUCUGGAAAGGAAUCAAAUCCACAGGAAAGGUGGUGUACUUCACAGCAACCUUCCCCUACGUCAUGCUGCUCAUCCUCCUCCUCCGAGGGGUGACCCUGCCCGGAGCCUUCGAAGGGCUCAAGUACUACCUCAUGCCUAACCUCAGCAAGAUCACCAAUCCUGCCGUGUGGUGUGAUGCAGGGACCCAAGUGUUCUUCUCCUAUGCUGUGUGUCAGGGGGUUCUCACUGCCCUGGGCAGCUACAACAAAUACAACAAUGAUUGCUACAAAGAUUGCAUAGCGCUGUGCAUUUUAAACAGCAGUACCAGUAUCUUUGCUGGUUUCGCUGUAUUUUCUAUAUUGGGAUUCAUGGCUCAUGAACUCGGUGUAGAGGUAGCAGAUAUUGUUGAAGCUGGUCCUGGGUUGGCCUUCAUCGUGUAUCCCCGAGCUCUCGCUCUGUUGCCCGGCGCUCAGUUCUGGAGCAUCUUGUUCUUUCUCAUGAUCCUGUUCCUCGGCCUGGACAGCCAGUUUGUGUGUGUGGAGAGUCUGGCCACAGCCAUCACUGACCUAUUCCCUGAAAGACUGCGUAAGCCAUACAGGAGAGAGAUGCUGGUUCUGGCCAUCGCUGUGGUCUGCUUUCUACUGGGCCUCACUCUGGUUUCAGAGGGAGGGAUGGUUCUCUUUCAGCUGAUUGAUAUCUACGGCCCCAGUGGAACCAGCCUGCUCUUCAUCGCCUGCAUGGAGACCACGGUCAUCGCCUGGCUCUAUGGUGCUGACCGUUUCUAUGACAACAUCCAGGACAUGAUAGGCUACAAGCCGUUUCCUGUUUUGAAGUACUGUUGGCUGUUUGUCACGCCCUUCAUCUGUGGGGUCACCCUCCUGUACAACCUGAAAUCCCAGUCCAUGUCCAUCUCAGACUACCUCUUAGAGCCCUGGGCCCGGGUCAUGUCUGCUUUCCUGGUCAUCACCCCGCUGCUGUGCAUCCCACUCUACAUCCUGGUGUCUGUGUACAAGAAUCCUUUGGGGAUGACCAUUCCAUCCAGUGACCUCCGGCAAGCCAAGCCUCACAGCCCCAGACUGAGUCUGUGUAAACGUGUCAUCUUAUCAGGACAGCAGAAGGCCUCCAGAGCAGACGGAAAAAUGAUGGACGUCACUGGAGUCUGACGCAGACCAGUGAUGUCAUCAAAGUGAUGUCAUCAAAGUGUGCGGAACCUGGUUGUUGUGAAAGACUGGCUGAAAGACAACAUGUUACAGAUGUAACAGAAGCAUUUCUUUUCAUGUUUAAGUAAGAACUGUUUACACCUAAGAUAAAUAUUCAGGGAUGUCUUUCACCUAUUAUUUCUGGCGCUUAUAUAUAGCAAAUGAAUAUUCGUAUUAUUUUUAUACUAUAACCUUGUUAAAAUACACUUUUCCUUAUGUUGAUAGUACUGUAUGUUUUGUAAAGGUACAAUAGGUAGGUUUGAUCCCCAACAAGCAUAUUGUGUAAGAUACUUUCCAUCCAAUUACAUUCCAGCAAUCCUAAUCCAGCCAAAAAUUUGAUACCAAGGUCACUAUGAGGUCACAUUUCAUGUCACUUUCUAAUCUGACCUCAUCGCCCUGCUGAUGCAUCAUGGGAGAUGUCUUGCCUACUUCUUUUUGUAGUUUUGUAUCUGAUUCUAGCAAUGAUGCAAAGCACAAGGAAAUAACACUAAUCUCAACAAUCGUACUCAAAUAAAUGAUGUUUUGUAGGUUUGGUGGAUCAUCAACAGCACAAGCUACAGUUAAACACUCAUCAUGUACUCAAUUGCUUUACGUAUUGAGAUGUACUCCAGUUCAUUGAUUGAAUGAAUAUUAAACAUAAUAAUGAUAUACUGUGA